UUCAGUCUAUUUGUAAAUCUUAGAGUACUGCAGUGUUUAAAUCUAAAAUAUAUUGGAUAUAUUGUAAAGUGGAAGUUUAAGGUGAAAACAAAGCAAUAUUAUUAGGUUGUGUUUAUUUUUUAAAUUGAAUAAAUGAAAAGUUAUUUAUAUGGAUGAGAAUUUGAUUCAGAAAAUGAUACUGCUGGUGAGCCAAAAUAAAAUUAAAUCUUCAUAAAUAGAAUAUUCAGAUACUGUAGUUUUGGGAACCUAAGUAGGGAAAUGAGAAAAAGCAAUUUUAAAUCAUAAAAUCAUCCUUCAAAGUAAGACUAGCUAAGAAGGUUUCUAAGCUUUAAAUAAAUACAAAAUUAUAUUUCAUAGGUAAAUGUGUGAUUUUUGUGUUUUCUGAACUCAUUUAUCUAUCUUUUUUUCUGGAUUCCUGGUCAGAACUUUGGCAUAUAAUAGGUACAGUGUAUUUUUGGAGGAAACUCCACAGAAGUGGAUAUUAGGGCACAGUUCGAAAAGACGAAUAAUUUCUCUCAUUUCCUACUUCAUGUGUCUGUAUAAUCUUUUUAUGACAGUUUAAGCUAACAAGUGUGUUAGUGUUCUUUAUAAAUAAAGUUAUGAGAGAAAUAUACAGUAUUUGUGUUUGAGAGCAAUGGGUGAAAACUAACUUGAAGAAAAAAAUUAAUUUCAGGGAAGAAUUUUGUCAUACCGUAUUUGACAGGUCAGUAUAAUCAGCAAAGGAGAACGAUGAUGUGUGGUUUAGCAUGGUGAGAAAUAUCUUGGGGGAUUUUGUUUCUUUCUGAUGCAGGUUAAGGUGAUUGUAAUUACGGAGAAAUAAGAGGUCUUAUUUAAGUCACUGAUUUUUUUACACAUUACAAAACAGAUUGCUCAGUGCCCUGUACAUCUGCAGUUAACAAAUAUGUGAUAUAUAUGAUGAGGCACUGAAGUAUUCAUUGGUAGGUGAAAUAGGAGAUUCUAAACAAAAGAGGAUAGAUAUUACCUUUCUUCUCACAGAAGUGAGUUAAGAUUUUGAGGCAUACCAGUAACUCAGAAUUAUGUCCCUUGGUUUUGGUUAUGUGGAUGGGAAUAGCUCUGACUUCAAGGUUAAAUAUACAGUCACAGAACUGAGUAUUUGGCUGGUAACAGUUAACAAAUGUGGAUUCGCUGGCACAGAGAACCAUCUCAAACAUGGUUUAAAAAGACCAUCCAAAGAGUCCCCUUAAUAAAUCAUGGGUUUGGUAACUUCUUUCAGCAGAAGCCACUGAAGAGAGCAGUGACUGAAAAACGGGAUGCUUAAAAUCUCUUUCAAUUAAAGGUACACCAUGGGCAAAAGUUUUUGAAAAUACCAUGGUGGAGCUCAUUGUAUGUGCUCUAGUUACCAGAUGAGGAUUGUGAAAACCGUGGUAAGAACCAUGAGAAAGAACCAUUCGUAAGGUUUUUAUUCCAUAUUUUGACCUUAGGACAACUUCACAGGCUUGCACAGCAAUAUAUAUAUGCUUUAACCUCUGAGGAGCAGAUGGAGCAGUGUGUGUUGUGUUCUCAUGGUACUCACAGAAUGGACCAGUGAGUGCGUUUCAAUUUUAUUUUUUUUUUUUAGAUAAAUCUGCAUUACAGAACUCAUUUGUACGUGUAUUUGAUGCUUAAACUGGGGGAUUUCUUAGCCUGUAUGGAUAUGGAGUUCUGUGGAGGUCUCCGCAGUGGAGGCCUGAGGCGCACCAGCGGGCUGGGGAAUGGUGCCAGGCCUGGUGCAGGUGCCACCCCCUCUGCAUGUUGUCUGAGCUGGGGAUGGAGUGCUGCAGGCUCAAAGGCUGUCACCCUGGCACGUUCACCACCGCUGAACUGGCAUUUAGAAGAACUAACACUCUCAAAUGCCGCACUGCUGCUGGGGCUGAAGUGGGGUUAGGUUUCCCAGCAGGAUAUCUAAGUUGCUCUGUUGAUAAUGAAGAACUCUGAGAGGUUUGUGAGGGUGGUAAACACCUUAAAUGGCACCACAGGUUAUGAAACUGUAAUUCAGAUAUCCUUGACAAGUCUGUUCAUUUUUUAAUGCUGUUGUUUAGUUCUCUUUGACACAAAUUGCAGGUACAUAAAGCGUUUGCUUUGGCAAAAGGGCUUAUAUGUGCGUAUUUCACUUCAACAUCUUGCAGUUUUAUUUGUUUAUUUUAAAAUGCAAUGAGAAAUGUUUCCAUCUGCAAUAAAUCAUACUCAUUUAGAAAGCAGAAAUGUGCAUGAUCAACUUUAAAUUCUACAAGUGUCUCAAUGACAUUUGAUUAUGCUGCCUUCACUUUAAAGUCCUAAUUUUGUCAAGUAAGUCCGGUCUGCUCAGGGGAGACGUGGUGGUUUUGGUGUGCCAGGUCUUGCAUUCUGUUUCAGAAAAUGAAGAGGAGGAAGAGGAGAGUAUCUCUUUAGUAAAGCUUUCAUUUGCAGAUUGAUUUGCCUGGCUCAUCCUUUCCCACAGAAUAAUGACUUUUUAGGAUUAUUUCAGUAUUCAUUUCCCGAUGGCAGAACUGAAGAUAGCAGACUAGUUCCAUUGAUUUGCUUCUAUCUGGAAUAUGGGUAUUUUAGACAGCAAAAACCCUGUAGCAUUUUCAGCCUAUUUCUCAUAGUGAGCAAUUGCUUUACUGGUUUCAUGGUGGUCAGUCUAUAACAAGCUUUGGGGGGUUGUGUUUAAGACAAAAAUAGUAAUUUGUGGUAAUGAAGCCAAUCACUAGUGGUUAUAGAAAUGUUACUAUGACAAUUGGGACCAUUGCUGUGAAAUACUCUGUAAUGCUUUUUUUGGGGUUUAAAUAAAAGGUCUACUUCCCUGUUUAAAGGAUCACCUGGCAGCUUAUGAAAAGCACAGUAGUGCAAUAUGGGGGAAGACCUGAGCCCUUGGGUAAGCUCUUGGAAGGGUUUCUGGUUAACAGUAUCGAAAAUUUACACAAGAAGCGAGUGUGUCACACUGUGUGGUCUAUCACAAACUCUCGUGUGCUUUAAGGUAUUUUACUGCUAUUGUCUUACUGGCUUUCCCUAAAAAAAAAAAAAAAUAUGGCUUUGAUGUUUUAUAGCUGCAUGAAAACGCCCUUUUUUUGUUGUUGUUUUUAGGCUUUGAGACAAAGGGUAGAUGAUGAAGGGAACAGUGGGGGCAAUGGAAUGAGAUAUAGCAAGAGAUUAGUGGCCAUGAGAGUGAACCGUAGGAUGAACAUAGAAUAAAGCAGAAUCUGAGAGUGAAGAAGUGAGAUUAUAAUAAAAUGUUGGCUUGAAAUGAAAAAAAAAAAAAACAGGAUGCAUAAAGAGGCUGGAAAAUUCAUGUAAAAGAGGGAAGUAAUUAUGCCAGCUAUACAAGAAGGCUGUGAGAUGAAAAUACCAGAAAUUUCAGGCUGAAAAAGAAAAAAAAAUAAAAAUCUUAAUGCAAAGAUUUUUUUGAGGACCUCAUCAAAAGACUUAAAUAUACAUCUGGGUUCAAGGACCUGCCUCAGGACAGAUGUUGCAAUUCACGUAGUUUAUGGCCUGAUGCAAAGCCUUCUGAAGAUGGUGGAGCAGUGUCCAUUGUACACAAUGAGCUUUGGGUCAGAGCUCUUGAGAACAUCUGACCAUAUGCUAGAGAGAACAGCAGAAAUAUAAUGUAUGGAGAACAUUCCUGCCAUCAGUAAGAAGAUGGCUUAGCUGAUUUAAUAGCUUUUUCUCAGUCUGUGAUUCUAACAGCCAGGUUUGUGGUAUUUAUUUUAGUAUUCAUGUUCUUGCAGUCCUUUUUACAUUUCUCUGUUUUUCCCUGGCAGACAUCCCGCAGCUCCAUAAGUCUGGGGGAAGAGGAUGGUUAGCGUGUUGUUGCUGUGGGGAUUUGAGUUUUAAUGCUCUGUGUUGGUAAUGCUGGGCAUAUAAUUUUAAAACUUGCAUGCUAUAGAAGCAGAUAAUUAUUUCCCUGCUGCAUUUUAUACCCUGAUUUGGGAAAGGAAGAAAGUUCUGAAUAUUAAAAGAAAGAAAAAGUUAUGAUUUGGGGACUAUUCGAAAUGGAAACAGAAAGAGGGGAGUAAUGGGUGUCAGUCUGGUUAUCAGUCAAGCUGCAAAGAGACAGCUUGUUCUGUCGAACACCAAGAAUGUUAGUAGUCAGCCAACCACUUAUGCAGGAAGAAAACCCUAGACUGAAAGGUUUUUUGAAGGGGAGUGUGCUGAUUAGGUAAGGAGAUGUCAUGGUCUUCUUCCGUCGAUGUAGGAAGAUAGCAGAUAUGAUUGCCUGAAAAAGCUGAACUACGCAGUGCAAGCAUGGCUUUCUCCCAGUCGCACAUUAUGGCAGCUAGAAGGCAUCAGCACAGUAGACUGAUAAUUGAAGUGGAUGAGUACAGCUCCAACCCCACACAGGCUUUCACGUUCUACAACAUUAACCAGGGACGUUUUCAGCCCCCACAUGUGCAAAUGGUUGAUCCGGUGCCCCAUGAUGCUCCCAAACCUCCAGGAUAUACACGAUUUGUCUGUAUUUCUGAUACUCACUCAAGAACUGAUCCCAUCCAAAUGCCAUAUGGAGAUGUGUUAAUACAUGCUGGUGAUUUUACUGAGCUGGGACUUCCUAGUGAAGUAAAAAAAUUCAACGAGUGGCUAGGUAGCCUGCCCUAUGAAUACAAGAUUGUGAUAGCAGGAAAUCAUGAAUUGACCUUUGACCAGGAAUUCAUGGCUGACUUGAUCAAGCAGGACUUUUACUAUUUCCCUUCUGUUUCUAAGCUGAAGCCAGAGAGCUAUGAAAAUGUACAGUCUCUUCUAACAAACUGCAUCUAUCUUCAAGACUCGGAAGUGACGGUGAGGGGAUUCAGAAUAUAUGGCUCCCCUUGGCAACCUUGGUUUUAUGGCUGGGGCUUUAAUCUUCCACGAGGCCAAGCACUAUUAGAGAAAUGGAACCUUAUUCCAGAUGGAAUAGAUAUUCUUAUAACACAUGGACCACCUCUCGGUUUUCUAGACUGGGUUCCUAAGAAGAUGCAACGGGUAGGAUGUGUUGAGCUUCUGAACACAGUCCAGAGACGAAUACAGCCAAGGCUUCAUGUUUUUGGACAUAUCCAUGAAGGCUAUGGUGUCAUGGCUGAUGGAACUACUACCUAUGUGAACGCAUCUGUGUGCACUGUGAAUUACCAGCCACUUAAUCCACCUAUAGUUAUUGACUUACCUACUCCAAGGAACACAUGAUUAUAAUGAGGAUUUAAAGUUGUACCCAACACAUUAGCAAAUUUAUAUUGCUGGCUGAGAAUCCCAGUAGGGAUCCAUUCAACAAAAAAAAGCAAAAACCUUCUUUUUUCCCUGCUAGCUCUUAACAGAUAAAUUUUGAGUGACAAAAGUGGAUGAGGAACAAAGACAUUUUGGUGCCAGAAACAGAUUAAAGACUUAGCAUUUCACCAUUAAAAUAUUUGUGAACACAGAAAAGUGAAUGCAUUCCACAUAUAUAAUAUACAUAUACAUAUAUAUAUCUCUCUCUCAAGUAGGGACUUUUGUAUAUACCGUUCAUUAUAUUGGACUUAUUAAAAGAACAAUGUCUUUCAAAGGAGUGUUUCUUUAAGAAAGUUUGCAGUUUAAACUUAAGUGUUUAGACUAGGAUUUCCUCAUUUCAGAUGUUUCCCAGUGAGCUCUUGGUAAAAGAAAAAUGGUGGUAAAGAUGUUUUCCCUUAAUUAACAAGGCAAAUAUAAGAGAUGCUGCACGACUGACCAGUCACAGGAGGAAAGCUAUUACUUCAAGUCCUCCAGGUCUAAGUCAUUGCAUCUAUUCAAAACCGAUGCAAUAGAGGCCCUAAUUCACUGUACUGAAAUGAAGUUUUACUACAUCUGGCAUUACAGAUGGUAAGGGAAAUGGUGCACAUUGCCAGCAUGCUGUAAACAGCUCAACAUUCAAGAAGGGAGACUGUGUUAAGUGCAGUAUAAACUCAGGAAUUUGUAACCUGGCCUUGCCUGUGAAAAAAAGGAAAAGGAUGACAUUUCCCUUAAAAAAAAAAAAGGGGGGAAGAAAAAAUAUAACUGUAUUUUCUUAUGGUCAGGUGAUAUGUGGUUGUAUGUAAAAAGCAAAAGGAAAACCCGCAAAAACCCCACCGAGUGUUCAGUAGCGGUAUUUUAAAUAAAACCUACUGGGACUAUUUGUUUAAAACCUGUUAAUGAGACAUGCAGCCAAUGAUGAGGUUACUGGUUUGCAUUUCACCCCAGUCAGAAGAGAUUAAAUGUCAUCAUUUUGUCCUUGGAGAACAUUACAGAUGUCGAGGGGAAGGGGUCAUCCCAAGAUGGAGAUUGGGCAUUCACUUUUGGGUAGCUAUGUAGUAGCGUAAGUGCAAUGAAUAAUGAGUACACACCAUUCUGAGGACAGAGCCUCACAGAACCUGUCAUUGCUGUUUGCCUGCUCAUGGACACUGCUGAAAGAGGCCCAAGACAACAUUGUCAACUGAGUUGAAUCCAUCUGUUGUGUCGCAUGUGACGCCAGGUAAAGCAGGAGAUGUGUCAGGAGCUCACUGGGGUAGCCAAGUACCAUGGUACUGCCCAUGCAGCUUUGCUGCAGGUUAACAGAGGUGUUGAAGCUGCUGAGAUUUCAAUCCUGUCCUAGGCAGAAACUUUAGAAUUGAUUACAAACUCACCAGAAAAAAAUGUGCUUCAAAUGUGCCCUACAAGAAACGGGUUUCUGUCUUGAACUGGCAAUGGUCAGUUCAUUAAUAACCCUCUCUGCUCGAAGACGAGCCGUUUUAAUUUAACUGCUGCAUCCUGAAUUUGGGGCUGAUGGCAUCUAGACAUUAAUCUUGUGCACACGCAUUGGACAGACCAUCACAUUACCAAUACAGGCUUGUUUGCAGGUCUGUGCAUAGCCCACAUAUGCACACAUGCAUUGGAUAAUUGUGUGUGUUACUUUUCGCCUGAUCUGUGGAUGUAAGUGAGCUUCACGUAGCAGCUGCAUGUACUUCAUAUGCAUACACAAUUUAAAAUGCCUGUGUCACAAAACCAGGCUAUGUCAGCCUCAACUCUAAGCAAGGCAGAAACACUGCAUUUCUCUGGCCUCCCAUGGACAGCAGCUCUUCCAACUGCUGCUGCUGCAUUCAAGCCCCGUAACUAACUCAUGCUGUGGACCCACCAGAAACCACCAGAAAACAUGAAAAGUCACAGGUCUGUCAUUUCCUGUAAGCUGUUGGGUGACCUGGGGUCUAAACUAAUGUGCUGCUUUUUCCUGAAACGAAACCCAGAAGAGCCAGUGACACCUACAACUGUUUUUUUGGUGAAUAGUUCACAAGUGCAUGAGUAGCCUGCCAUGAAUUCAGAUGAGUGCUUUUGUCAAAACUAUUGGUAUAGAAAUUGCAGGAUCAGCUCCUAAAUCAUCAAGCACUGAAAUUCAUAGUUGAAUAUGAACUCCCGCCAUCACUGGGAAGAUGAGCAAUAGCGCAUAGUUAGAAUAAAAGUGUCUUAGCUAGUCACAAUUCAAGCGAUUUGCAGCAAAUGUGGCAGGAAAUUGGCUGUAUGUUAAAAGUUUGAAAUGUUUACAUUCGCUCAUGGCACUUAAGAGACUAAAAAAUGUUAAAGUGGGGGGAAGAGGUCCUUUUAUUAGCCUCAGCAAAAUUUCUAUGUCGACCAUAAACUAUUCUCUUAAAAAUAAUUUUUCCUAAGGUAUCUUCGAAAUACUGUGUAUUUUUAUGUGGAAAGGAUACGAAAGCAGCUGUUCGUUCAAAAUAUCAUUUAAAGUACUUGAGGUAUGAAAGCUUAAAGAUUAUUUAAUCAUUUUGGCAUAACUUGAUUGUUGUUGUACUUUUUGGUCAAGCAUGUUAGACAAAUAAAGUCUUUAAAAAAACCCCAAA